GAUUAGCUAUUAUAUUAAUCAUCCCUAAAAAAAUAAUAAGAAAAAAAUUUCAAUGGCUUUUUGCCUCCUAACAAUUAUUCUAGUCACUUUUGGUCUUCUUUCUUCCUUUGGUUCUUCAUUUGAUCCAAACCCUUUUCAAGAUUUUUGUGUUGCAGCUACUGAUUCGAAUACUCCAGUGUUCGUGAAUGGAAAAUUUUGCAAAGAUCCAAAAUUGGCCACAGCAGAUGAUUUCUUUGUUACAGGACUUAACGUUAGUGGAAAUCCUUUACCAGGAUUGGGAUCGUUUGUAAAUUUAGUCGAUAUAAAUCGUCUUGCAGGACUCAACACUCUUGGAAUUUCACUUAUUCGUAUCGAUUUUGCACCAUAUGGCCUAAUUCCACCUCACACACACCCUCGUGGCACGGAAAUUAUUGUUGUC